CAUUACUAUACAUUCACUCGUGCUCACCACUGCGGGACUACAGACCAUUGUCGUGUACCCUUAAAAGAUUUUUCAUCGUCUUAUUUCUUCACUAAUGUCGUAGAGCGCAAAGGGGUCUGAAGAGACUGAACACAAGCCAUGGAAUUGUAAGCAGUUUGUGAAGAAAAUGUUGAUGUGAGCUGCGACUGCGCAGACUCUGUGAUAGAGGAGCAGCAGCUGAUCUCAGCAAUAAACGCGAAGCUAUGAUCCCUUCAGCGAAUUCAAUCUAAAUUUGGUUGAAUCGCUGUUGCUUGGGGACCGCAGUGGUUUUUGCUAGGGGGAACGGGAUUUCAAAAUGGGAAACAGUUUCUCCAACAUAUCCGCGUUUCAGUCUCUCCACAUAGUGAUGCUUGGCUUGGACUCCGCAGGGAAAACCACGGUUCUCUACAGACUGAAAUUCAACGAGUUUGUUAACACCGUGCCCACGAUUGGAUUCAACACGGAGAAGAUCAAGUUAAGUAACGGCACGGCCAAAGGAUUAAGUUGUCAUUUUUGGGACGUCGGUGGACAGGAGAAACUCCGGCCCUUGUGGAAAUCUUACAGUAGGUGCACGGAUGGCAUUAUUUAUGUGGUGGACUCUGUCGAUGUAGAUCGUCUGGAAGAAGCUAAGACGGAGCUGCAUAAAGUGACCAAAUUUGCUGAAAACCAAGGAACGCCAUUGUUAGUAAUUGCCAAUAAACAAGACCUGCCUAAAUCUCUGUCUGUGGCGGAUAUAGAGAAACAACUGGCCCUUCAGGAGCUCACACCAGCCACUACAUAUCAUAUCCAACCAGCCUGUGCCAUCAUUGGCGAGGGACUUCAUGAGGGAAUGGAUAAACUGUAUGAAAUGAUAGUGAAACGACGAAAAGCCCUAAAACAGAAGAAGAAGCGAUAACAGAGGACCUUAUAAUCAUCAUCGCUGAUACCUUUAGGCAUGGGAUUUUAUCAUUGCACUGUUGACAUUCAUGAUAUUUGUUCUCAAGAUGGACUUGUGUCUGACAUUUCAAGCAUGUCAAUGUGACAACAAUGAACCAAAAAUGAUUUCUUUUACAUAAAAGGGCUGGUCCCCUUUAAGCUGCCAGUAAUUUGCAUAGCCCGAGUUUGAAGGACUUCUGUACUGAGCACUGUGAAAUCCCUGUAACACUGUUAUGUGGAAAUGCUUUGACUGUUUUAUUGAAACAGUUAUGUGGAGAACCCAGAAUGAAUUUGGGGUCUGAGAAAACUCAUAUUCCAAAUAUUACUGUAACGUCACAGGCCUGAUGUGACAUCAUGAAGAUGUCUAGAAACUCUGAAGGACGUAUGAUGGUCCUGCUGGAUAGGGCUUUGCCUGCAACACGGUCCAUCUCUAAGCACUUUUUUUCUUACUGAGAUAGUAGUGUACAACACUGUAGAGCAGAUAUUAGACUGCCGGUGUAUUACAGAGUCAAAAUGAAUCCAAAAGUAUUUUUUGCAAUUAAAAUGUGUGGUAAAGGAAA